UUUCCAUUUCCUUGCAGGAUUAAUGUUGUUUCUAUCAUGCUACCUAUAUAAGAAGAGAUUAAAAAAACAGAAAAGAAAAAAAGUUGUUCUGUUCCACUCAGUGAAAUACUACUUUUUCAGCCAAUACACUCUGAGCAAGAUGAACCUUGUAAUUUUAAAGAUUACCCUAUUUAAAUUUUCCAAGCAUUUUAUUACUCUAAAUGGAGUAACAUAGCUCUACGUUCAGUGUAACCAGGAGGAGAAACUCUAAUGUUCCUCACUGGGAGAUGUUUAAGAGGUAAUGUAUCUUUAAGUGUCUCCGCCUCUGAAUCCACCCACUUCUUGAUAGCUGCAGCAGCCUUGUUGACUCAUAGAAGCUGUGUUCAUACAAUAGCCAGCAAUGAGACGUAUUUCUCAGAGAUUUUAAGAGCACACGUCCUGCUAUGUAUUUCGCGAUCUAGCUUGCUGGGGCUGAAGUAGAAAGACCUGAGAUACCCUUAGAGAACUGGGAAUCUGACUAAUUUAAACAGAUGGCUAAUCCCAAUGCUGUCUGCAAUGGACAUCUACAUCACCAUCAUCAUCAGAAACAGAAUAACCUCUUAAAAAGUGGAAUCUAUAAGAAAAAUGGAAUUACGAAAGGAAUGAAGAAGAAUGGUGUAUCAAAUGGAACUCUCUACAAAAAAACCUUUAUUGAGCACUUUGAACAGGCACCAAUGUAUGUUGCUGUUCUUACUUUCCUGGGUUUUGGAGUGGGAACAAUAUUUGGCUACCUGCGAGAUUUUAUGAGAGCCUGGGGACUAGAAAAACGUCACAUUGCUGCAGAAAGAGAACAACAAAAAGAUUUUGUGCCACUUUAUCAAGAUUUUGAGAACUUUUACACCAGAAACCUCUAUAUGAGAAUACGGGAUAACUGGAAUCGUCCAAUUUGCAGUGUCCCAGGGCCACAGUUUGACCUCAUGGAACGUGUUACAGAUGAUUACAACUGGACGUUUAGGUUUACAGGAAGGAUUAUCAAGAAUGUAAUCAAUAUGGGUUCUUAUAACUACCUCGGCUUUGCAGAAACGGAUGUUAAUGCUUUGAAAACUGUGACCAUAGAGUUACAAAAAUAUGGGACAGGAGUCUGCAGUACCAGGCAGGAAAUGGGCACCCUAGACAAACAUGUGGAACUAGAGAAACUUGUGGCCAAGUUCCUUGGUGUGGAAGACGCUAUGGUGUUUGGGAUGGGCUUUGCAACUAACUCAAUGAAUAUUCCAGCCCUUGUUGGAAAGGGCUGCCUCAUUUUAAGUGAUGAGUUGAACCACACUUCUCUCGUUCUUGGUGCGAGGCUUUCAGGUGCUACUAUUAGAAUCUUCAAGCAUAAUAAUAUGCAGAGCCUUGAGAAGCUGCUGAGGGAUGCAGUAAUAUAUGGGCAGCCUCGAAGCCACCGAGCAUGGAGAAAAAUUAUCAUCCUCGUGGAGGGCAUUUACAGCAUGGAAGGGUCCAUUGUGCGCCUGCCAGAGAUAGUCUCCUUAAAGAAGAAAUACAAAGCCUACCUCUACUUGGACGAAGCUCACAGCAUUGGUGCAGUGGGAGCAACGGGCCGAGGAGUUGUGGAGUACUUCGGUAUGAAUCCUGAUGAUGUUGAUGUAUUAAUGGGAACGUUCACAAAGAGCUUUGGCGCAGCUGGAGGAUACAUAGCUGGCAAAAAGGACCUUGUGGACUUUUUACGAACUCAUUCUCACAGUGCUGUGUACGCCACAUCUAUGUGUCCACCCGUAGCAGAGCAAAUCAUCAGGGCAAUGAAAUGUCUCAUGGGACAAGAUGGAACAACACAAGGGCUCCAAAGAGUACGCCAGCUGGGGAAAAACACAAGAUACUUCAGACGAAGACUGCAUGAAAUGGGCUUCAUCAUUUACGGCAAUGAUGAUUCACCUGUUGUCCCCUUACUCCUUUAUAUGCCUGGCAAGAUAGGGGCUUUUGCAAGACGCAUGUUAGAAAAAAACAUCGGGGUGGUUGUGGUUGGGUUUCCAGCUACUCCUAUCACAGAAUCCAGGGCUCGGUUUUGUGUGUCCGCUGCACAUACACGGGAGAUGUUAGACACGGUUUUGAAUGCUCUGGAUGAAUUGGGAGAUUUUCUACAACUGAAAUAUUCCCGGUAUUCCAAGGCAUCUCAUCCCGAACUGUAUGAAGAAACUAGGCUUGAACUUGAAGAUUAAGUUUUCCGCCCAUGAAGAGAACAUUAUGAUGUUAUGAUAGGGAGGAAAACCCGAAAACUAAAAAAUAUGAAUGCAUUUCUCCCCUUCUAAGGACAAUUUUUGUUUCUCAGUUAAUUGAAAGGAGGGGAAGCUCGGGUGUUGCAUCUUAUUGUAUCAAAGUUCUGCAUUCAAGAGACUGAAAUAUUGAUACAGAUUUGCCUCCCCAGGAGAUCUGUCCUUCUUACGGUAUUUUUGAUGCAGAAUGAAUGCAUCCAUUGAUCGAGUUGCUCAUGUACAGCUUUUGUUAUAUGGCCCCUUUUUAUGAAGAGGCUUAGGUAGUCUUAAUUGUGACUGAAAUAAUAAAGUCCAAAACCUGAAUGGA